AUGAUCAAUCCUCAUCGCGUUGCAGAACUGUUAAGUAAUUUAAUUUCUGAGCGUUUAUCUUUGGAUAAUCGCAAUAAUACAGAUAGUAAACGUGAUGAAGAAGUUGCUAAACAUUUAUAUGAUCACGUCGAAUCGAUUCUUGAAAGUUCACAAUAUUCUUUCGAAAGUGAACAUACUAUUGAUUUUAACGAUGAUUCUAAUGCCGAACAACUACAAGAUAAUGAAGAGGAGGAUGAAGAUGAUGAAGAGGACGAGCAGCAACAAAUGAAUAAUGAUGACGAGCAAUUUGACGAAGAAUUCAUGGAAGUAGAUAAUGAUCAACACCACCAUGUACAAAAGGAGUUUUCUAUUCCAUACAUGAAGCAAGCUAUUGAUUUUUAUGAUCAGAUAAACGAAAAAACAGGGAGGAAAAGCCAUUCUUGGAAAGCAUUUCAACAUCGUUUUCCAAAAGUGAAAAAUCGUAGCUAUAAACAUACACAGGUAUGA